GUUUUACUUGAAUUAGUCGCGCUGUAUAGUCUCGUGAUCGUUUACAGAUUUAAUAAAGAAUCGGAAAUUUACGAUAAUGAAUGUGACGCGGAUUAACUCGAGAUCUGUGAAAGUGUUGGCUGUUCCUGUGAUGUGCCUAAUCCUAUUAAUUUUGCACUUUACCUCGGUAUGCAUUCACGACCACUCCGAUAAACCAUUUAAACCGUUUCUUUGCAUUUUAGAUGACAUUAUGAUUAGCCAAAACGAUAUUACCCUUGAUAUGCCUAAAGAAGUGAAAAACGUGGUUCCUCUUUGGCCUAACAUUACGAAAGACAAGUGUAUCAGAAAUAUCAAACUGAAACCACGAAGAAUGUUUACAACCCACGAGAACUACUCUUUUUACGCCUGUGUGGAAAGAAAUAGUAAUGUCAAAAGAGUAGUAAAAGACUCCAUUAAUAGAUUAAACCUAGAUAAAAACAUAAUAAUUUCGUAUUUCGGUAUAUUCAAAAUGAGACCAGCGCCCACCAUCAUUGAAAUAGGUGGAUACUUGGGAGUCAUGAUGCCAAAACUGAUGGAAGCAACAGGGGCUAAACAUUACGUCGCAUUGGAACCUGUACCUAGUUUUUAUAAAAACUUUACCGAGAAGAUCAAAGAGCUACAACUAUAUUCAACCGUCAAAGCCUACAACUUUGGCCUUGCUGUAACUCAGAAAGAACUACAAAUAGGAAUCCAUUCGGAUGCUACGUCGCUGCUUAAAGACAAGAUAGGGAAGGACAGGAAAACGGAAACAAUUAAGAUUUAUAAAGUGAUUGAUUUCUUCGUACAGAUUGGUUUAGGGUGUAAUUCAUUGAACCUACUGACCAUUAAUUGUGAAGGAUGUGAAUUUGACGUCAUAGAAAUGCUGACGUCAACGUUGCUCAUUAAUAACAUUGAAUAUAUUCAGUUUCAGCCACACCGUAGUGUGUUCUCAAAUGAUAGGGUAUAUAUAUGCAGGUACUGUCGCCUUCGGCAGCUUCUUGCGAGGACACAUGAAAUAGGGUAUGAAUUCCCAAACGUCUGGGAGACAUGGAAAAGAAAAGACUUAGUUUCAUGAUUACCUUUUGGAACGUUUGUAUUUUUAUUUAUUGCAAAAUAAAAUGACGCACCCAAAGUUGCUUGGU